UCGCCUCACAUGCAAGCAACAAAAAACCGUCUCACCGCUCAUGGCAAUGUCGAAUAUACAUUACAAGCCGGCUAACUAUAGCGAUCGGUCGAAGGCGUUAGGAAGUCAGGAACCACGUCGGUCACUAAGCCGGCGCAAUUGUCACACGAUGUCUGGGCAACAGGGUCUGAACUUCGAAACACCUUUACCUUCUAACGCGGCACAUACCCUCGCUUGCGGCAUUUGAACAGAUCACCACAUAGCACAUGGAUGUACCCGCAGGUCUGGGCGAUGCUUGUUGCGGGGUUUCAGUCUGCGACCCCCAACAUGUGGUCCUAGUGAUUCUGUUCGAUUCGCAUCCCGUGGACCCCGUGGAACCCGAAGGUCCCCAUAGCGUCGCGACAUUGACUAAGCGCCAUGCAAGAUGAUCACGAAAAGCCUUCCUUGAUGUAAUCGCAUGGUGAUGGACAAGAAACAAUAAGUAUGUAUUCUUACCCGACAUGAUUUGUAGGAAUAUACAUAUCAGUCGCGUGCGGUACCGGCCUUACAGACCAGCAACGACAAUCCUGGAUAAUCGCCAAAGAUGAGGGCCUCAAGUAAGGGCGAGAAACGAGAAAUCACGGUGGAUGCCGAUGAAGAUUCUAUGACUUCACCACGGGAGAUGAGCAGCUGGAAAGCAUACUGGAGAGUUUUCACUUAUGCUCAACCAAGAGAACUCACACUGCUCGGGAUAGCUGGUGUGGCCGCGCUUGCAUCCGGAGUUGGUAUCGCAUCGCAAAACAUCAUUUUUGGCCAAUUCGUUACCGUAUUCACAGAGUUUGGAACCGGCCAGCAGACAGCAGAUGAUUUUAGGAGUGCGGGCGCAACACUAGCCCUUUACUUCUUCUAUCUGGGUCUGGGAAGAUUGGUGAUGGCCUACAUCUACAACACUCUUUUGACAUACGCGGCAUAUCGAAUCGUCCGUAACGUACGAUAUGAUUAUCUCAGAUCAGCGUUACGUCAAGAAGUUGCCUACUUUGAUCUCGACGAGGGAGGCUCAAUUGCUACGCAAGCUUAUGCCAGUGGUCGCUUGAUCCAGAACGGUAUCUCGGAGAAAUUAGGCCUUACGGCCCAAGGCGCAUCAGCUUUCAUUAGCUCUUUCAUUAUCGCUUUCAUCACCAACUGGAAGUUGACCCUUAUCGUCUGCGCCAUCGCUCCCUUGAACGUCCUGGUUAUGGCUGUCUGUGCAUUCAUCGAAGCUGGUUAUGAGGCCAAGAUUCUCGAGCAUUAUGCACAGGCCAACUCUUUCGCAGAAGGUGUACUGGCAAGCGUUCGCACUGUGCAUGCAUUUGAGAUGAGAUCGCGUCUGGUCCAAAAGUUCGAUGUAUUUCUCGUGAGAGCACACGAAUGGGGUAAUAAGAUCUCGCUGCUCUUCGGCAUCCUAUUCUCUGCCGAAUAUACCAUCAUCUACCUGGGAAAUGCGCUAGCAUUCUGGAGAGGUGUCCAUAUGUUGGCGGACGGAGAAAUUGAGUCAACCGGCGACGUUUUUACCGUUCUUUUAUCUGUUGUCAUUGCUGCGCUCAGUAUUACCCAGCUGGCUCCAUACUCGAUCGAGUUUACUCGUGCCGCAUCCGCCGCCGCUCAACUUUUCGUACUCAUCGACCGCAAAACCGAGAUAGAUCCUUUUGAGCCCAGUGGAAAACAACCUUCAGAAAUUCGUGGGGUGGUUGAGCUUCAAGGUGUCACUUUCUGUUAUCCCACAAGACCUAACACUACUGUUUUGGACAACUUUUCCCUCCAAGCUCCUGCUGGGAAGGUCACUGCGCUUGUCGGUCACAGCGGAUCUGGGAAAAGCACGAUUGUUGGACUUAUUGAACGGUGGUACAAUCCUGUCUCAGGCACAAUCAAAUUGGAUGGCAAUCCAAUAGACUCGCUCAACAUCGCCUGGCUUCGACGAAAUAUCCGUCUAGUCCAACAGGAGCCUGUAUUGUUUCGCGGAACUGUCUUCGAAAACAUUGCACACGGCCUUUUUGGCACACCCUUGGAGAACUCUUCGAGGGAUGAGCAGAUGGAAGCUGUAAUCGACGCUGCCAAGAUUGCAUAUGCUCACGACUUCAUCUCGCAGCUCCCCAACGGCUACGACACGGACAUCGGUCAGCGCGGAGGUCUACUGUCUGGCGGACAAAAACAAAGAGUCGCCAUCGCCCGAAGUCUAGUUUCCAACCCCAAAGUGCUUUUGUUGGACGAGGCUACUAGUGCCUUGGACCCCAACGCUGAAAGCAUCGUUCAGCAAGCUUUAGAUCGAGCAUCCGCUGGCCGUACAACUAUCGUCAUUGCCCACAAACUAGCCACGAUCCGCAAAGCCGAUAACAUUGUCGUCAUGUCGAAAGGAACGAUCAUCGAACAGGGAACUCAUGAGGGCCUGAUCGCCAUGGAUGGUGCCUACGCGCGUCUCGUAGCAACUCAACAGCUUACCGUGCCCAACGACAACAAAUCUGAGGAUAGCGACGAAGAAACUGCAAGCUCUCACGUUGGAUCCCUGGUCGAACCCAUCAAGUCAUUGACUCGGUACCCUACUGCCGACCACGCGAGUAUCAACCUGGAAUUGAGUGAAACCAAUUAUGAGGAUGACAAUCACAAUCGGUUUGGUCUAUGUGGUGUUGUCUGGCGUUUGGUCUGUGAUUACCCGGAAGUGAGAUGGCCAUUCGUGGCUAUCGUUGCUAGCUGCGUCGUAUCUUCUGGUAUAUUUCCUGGGCAAGCCAUUCUUUUAGCUUUCAUGGUUGAGGUGUUCACAUUGACCGGAUCCGAGAUGACUACCCGUGGCGACUUCUUUGCCGCUAUGUUCGUCGCUAUUGCCGGCGUUUGCUUAUUCUCUUAUGGCCUAAUGGGCUGGGGAACUAACGCAGUGGCACAAGGUCUGGCACAUAAGUUGCGCAAGCAGAUAUUCAACAACAUCUUACGUCAGGACCUGGCCUACUUUGAUAGGCCGGAAAAUAAUAUCGGGGCACUCGCAAGUCGCAUUGAUGCCUACCCUCAGGCUGUCUUCGAGCUCAUGGGCUUCAAUGCAGGCUUAAUUUUAAUCGCAGUUCUCAAUGUUGCAGCCUGCUCCAUUCUGGGGAUAGUAUUUUCUUGGAAGCUCGGGUUGGUCAUUGUCCUCGGUGGGCUUCCCGCUGUUGUUGGAUGUGGCUAUCUGAAAAUGCGGUUUGACGGAAAGCUCGAUCGCCAGAUAGCUGAUCGUCUCACAACCAGCGCUGCCAUUGCCUCUGAAUCUACUACAGCGAUCCGGACUGUUUCGUCUUUGGGUAUCGAGCGGUCUAUUCUGGAUCGUUACACUUCAGAACUUGAUCAAGCCAUCUCUGCCUCAGUGAAACCACUUAUUAACACUAUGGGAUGGUUUGCUCUAACACAAUCAUCGGAAUAUUGGUUCAUGGCCCUCGGUUACUGGUACGGCACUCGGCUGGUUGCUUCUGGCGACAUCACCAUCUUUGAAUUCUUCGUUUCCUUCAUGGCUGUCUUUUUCUCCGCACAAGCGACAUCGCAAGUUUUUGGUUUCUCAACUAGCAUAACCAAGGGGAUAAACGGUGCUAAUGCCAUCUUCUGGCUCCAACAGCUCCAACCCGCGGUGCAAGAGACGCCGGAAAACAAAGACAACGGCCCAAAAUCUGGAGGCGCUGUCGAGCUCAACCGUACUCGAUUCGCUUACCCUCUCCGACCUGAAGCGCCUGUACUCCGAGGCAUUGAUCUGCAGGCGAAGAAAGGGCAAUUUGUUGCCCUUGUGGGGGCCUCAGGAUGUGGCAAAUCGACCAUCAUAUCAUUACUCGAGCGCUUCUACGAUCCUUCCAAGGGUAGUGUUAGGAUUGCAGGUGAUGAUCUGGCCACUCUGAACCCACGGAAGUACAGAAGUCAAGUAGGACUCGUACAGCAAGAACCUACACUGUUCCAAGGCACUAUCCGCGAGAAUAUCGCUCUUGGCGUUGAUGAUGUCACAGUCGCCGACGGGAUCAUUGCGAGCAGCGCGAUUCCUGAUGCGCAGAUCGAAAAGGCUCUCGUAGCCGCUAACGCUUGGGAAUUCGUCUCUUCCCUCCCCGAAGGCUUAAACACAGCAGCUGGGCCGAAUGGAACCCAGCUCUCUGGAGGCCAACGACAACGUAUUGCCAUCGCUCGAGCUCUCGUUCGCGACCCGCGCAUACUAUUGCUGGACGAGGCUACAAGCGCCUUGGAUACGGAAAGCGAGAAGAUUGUGCAGAAUGCCCUUUCUGAAGCCGCCAAAGAGGGGAAUCGCAUCACCAUUGCCGUCGCACAUCGACUAUCGACGAUCAAGGAUGCCGAUAUGAUCUGUGUCUUCUAUGAAGGGAAGAUCGUCGAGCAAGGCACACACGCGGAGCUACUAAACGGCGGAGAAGAAAGUUUAUAUAGAAAAAUGUGCGAGGCGCAAAGUCUUGCAUAA